AAUAAACUCUCACACACACUCUCUCUCAUUCUCUCUCUCUCUCUCCUCUUCUCUUCACCAAAAACUCUCUCACCAUUGAAGCUUUGCUUUGUUCCUUACACACACAGAUUAUCUGUCUUCUGGGAAUAUAAUCACCUGAAUGGUUUGAACCAAGAAGCUUUAUUUGUUUGAUUGUCAUCAUAUAACAACAAGUUCCAUUCCAAGUUAUUUCUUUGAGAAAAUACUUUGAAGGCAAUGGGAUGAACCAACACCUUUAAGGAUUAGAGGAGGCUUUUUCACCGACUCAAUCCACCAUCAUCAGGCUUUUCAAGUUUGGUUAAUGGGGUUAAUUCAUAUAAACGACAUUGAAGAUUUUGUGAUCCCAAAACGACUAGCAGAACUUAGUCAACAUAUGCAAAAUGAUCAACAAAAGAUUAGGGGUGGGGUUACUUGGGAAGGGCAAGAUCUAUCCAUAGAGGAUGAGUCACGAAUCAAUGACAAUCUUGGAGAUGAAAAUGAUAGACAAAUGGAGAUUCUUGAGAUUCACAAUCACAUCAAUCAAGUAGAUCUUGCAAAAAAGAGCACUAAACAACUAAUCCAAGGGCCUUUGGUUCGUUGGGUGAGAUUCUUGCCUGUUAGAUCUUUGAAGGUGUUAUUAGUUGAGAAUGAUGAUUCAACACGCCAUGUGGUCUGUGCUUUACUUCGAAAUUGUGGAUAUGAAGUUGAAGCUGUUGCAAAUGGUCAACAAGCUUGGAUAAUCCUUGAAGAUCUCACUACUAAUAUUGAUCUAGUUUUGACUGAGGUCAUCUUGCCAUGUUUAUCAGGCAUUAGUCUCCUAUCCAAGAUUAUGAACCACAAAAUGCGAAAAAAUAUUCCUGUGAUUGUGAUGUCAUCUCAUGAUUCUAUGAGUGUAGUAUUUAAGUGUUUAUCCAGGGGUGCAGUUGACUUUUUAGUCAAACCUUUACGAAAGAAUGAGCUUAAAAUCCUUUGGCAACAUGUCUGGAGGAAAUGCCAUAGCUCUAGUGGUAGUGGAAGUGAAAGUGGUGUGCGAACUCAAAAGUCUUUAAAAUCAGAAAGUGGGGAACAUUCAAGCAAUGAGCAUGGCAAUUGUGAUGAAGAUGACAUUGGAAGCAUUGCCUUGAAUGCGAGAGAUAGAAGUGACAAUGGAAGUGGAACCCAGGUCAUUAUUCUACAGAAUUCUUGGACCAAGUUGGCAGUUGAAGUCGAUAGCCCACGACUAAUGUCCCCAAGGGAAAAAUUAGGUGAUCCAUCUUCAGGUAGCGCUGGUGCCCAAGUUGUUCAUUCAGUGCCUGCUAAAACUACAACAAAGGAUUGUGAGACACAAGAUGCAUUGGGCAUGAUCAUAGACAUAAAUUUGGAGAUAACAGCACCUAGAUCAAUCCCAACAUUAAUGCAACCUCUUGGACAACGAGAAGUUCCAUCCAACAAUGAUGCUUGUAAUUAUAACAUUAAUGAAAGCUCUGAGAAGGAAAAAGUUGAUCAUGACAAGGAAGAAAGACAACAAGUGGAUCAGCAAAAUAGCACUGAAGAAAGAUUAGUUGGAGAAUACAAAAAUCAAGUGAUUAUUGGUCCAACAGGUGUUGAUCUUGUCUCCAACAUUAAUUCUAAUUCUGACCCCAUCUUAGAAAUACAAUGUUUAGAGAACCCAAAUGGAAUGAUCUCUAAUGAAGAAGAUAAGAAUAUAUAUGGAAACCAUCGGACGUUGAAUGGUGCAACAGCAGACGUUGGAAGUAGUGUACAAGAUCAACAUGUCUUGAAACCAUCACAUCGUUCUGCCUUCUCAAGGUACAACUCAGCAUCUCAUCAAGCUCCAGCAGGCAAUGUUGGUAGUUGUUCACCGAUUGAUAAUAGCUCAGAGGCAGCAAAAACAGUAGAAUCAGUGCAAGGCAUGCAAACUUAUUUUAAUAACAUGCCUCGCAAUACUUUAUAUUCCAAUGGAAGUAAUAACAACUACGACAUGGGUUCAGCUACAAAUAAUAAUGACUUCACCAAACCUCCUGCAACCAUUGAAUUUAUGCAAGCCUCUUCAACAUCCCAACCUACUCAAAAUGUGGCUCUUCAACCUUCACCUCAAGAAAAUGGUGAUCAGCAACAUAUACAAGUGCAGCAUCAUCACCAUUAUCACCACCAUCACCAUCAUCAUCACAUGCAUAAUAUGGUUGCUCAUCAUCAAGCAGAAGCCAACCAAAAUGGUCAAUCUCUACAACUCAAGACAGCAAUGUCUCUGAACGAAUCCUCAACUAAUCCCUUGAUGAGUAGUGCACCAGUUAAAAGUAAUAAUAACGAUGCUGCCAACCUGAGCUUAAAUGGAAGUGCCUCUGGGAGUCACCAUGGUAGCAACAUGGAUAUGGGGAACAAUAAUAAUAAUGCCACUUUAUUACAUGGCAGAUCAGCAGGAAACAUGGAACAUGAUCAUGAUAAUAAUAGAAUAAUAUCUGAAAAAGAGGGAACAAUUAGUUUAAUGAGAUUUGAUCAGACUGCUCCAAAUGUUACUAUCCAGAAUCGAUUUGAACGAAGAGAGGCUGCUUUGAACAAGUUUCGCCAGAAGAGGAAAGAGAGGUGCUUUGAGAAAAGGGUUCGCUAUCAAAGCAGGAAGAAACUGGCAGAACAGAGGCCUCGAGUCCGUGGACAAUUUGCACGACAUGCAGUUGAUGAAAAUAAUAAAGGGAAGUAAUUAAUGUUGAGCAAUUCGAUCUCCGAAUGAAGGCAUUUGGAGAACAACAUUCUUAAUUGGUACUUCCCGUCAUCUUUUGUUGUCCUCAUUGGGUCAAUCUUUUCAUUUCCCAGUGUUGUUGUGUCCCUAUUCAUAACUAUUUUCAUUUAAGACCUUUCCAUGGGACUGUAGAAAGACAUGUUAUCUAGUAUGUGUAUUGAAACUCUGUGACCUAUAUAUUGCUGAGACCAGACAGCAGACGAUGGUAUGCCUUAACUGUGUAGCCUUCUCUAAUAACAUCAUGGACUUAUAGGUGUGCCUAUGUAUUAAGUUGAAGAUUUAAAUUUAAUGUUUGUUGAUGCUA